CUGCCGGGCGCUAAACCACGCCGCUAAUAUCCAAAUUCGGACAUAGGAUUUUGUUGCUUCGGAGGUAACAGGGAACAGGGAUUCAUCUGCCAUCUGCCCCUCUUCGAUCUUUCUGUCGUACAGUACAGAGUACCCAGUAUUUAUAUCUCCAUCUCCUCCUCAAUUCCUCCCUAGGCCUUAACAUCAACACCAAUUUACUCUCCCCCCCCAAGACCCUCAAAAUGACCUCCAACAACCUCUCAACAUGCUGCAUAACGGGUACCCUCCACGAAGGCGAACCCAAGGGCACAAUCCAAGACAUUGAGAACAUCUCAACCUACAUCACCCACCCCCCCACCGCAACCAAAAAAGCCAUCCUCCUCCUCACCGACGUAAUCGGCCACCGCUUCCUCAACGCCCAACUCCUCGCCGACCAAUUCGCCGCCGCCGGGUAUCUCGUCCUCAUGCCCGACCUCUUCACCGGCGACAGCGUGCCCCUCAACCGGCCCGAGGGCUUCCAGAUCAUGGAGUGGGCCAAGGGCCACCAGCCGGCGCACACCGACCCCAUCAUCCAGACGGCCCUGAACCACAUCCGGUCCACGCUGGGGUGUGAGCGGGUCGGCGGCGUCGGGUAUUGUUUUGGGGGGAAGUAUGUGGCCCGGUUUUUGAAGGUGGAUGGGGGCUUGGAUGUGGGGUUUACGGCGCAUCCGACGAUGAUGACGGCCGAAGAGUUGGCGGCGGUGGAGGGGCCGUUUUGUGUUGCUGCUGCGCAACAUGAUCCGAUCUUCUCCGCGGAGAAGCGACGCGAGAGCGAGGAGAUCCUUGGUAAGAAGGAUCAGCCCUGGCAGAUUAGUGUGUACUCCGAUGUGGAGCAUGGGUUUGCGGUGCGCGGGGAUCCCGCGGCGCGGCGCGUGAGGUUCGCGAAGGAGCAGGCGUUUCAGCAGGCGGUGGCGUGGUUUGGGGAGUAUUUGUGAUUGGGAUUUGGUGGUUGAAUUCAGGAAGAUGGGGAGAGUGGGUAGUAGAUGAAUGCCAAGGCUGGACUGGAAGUAUCUUCCGAGAAUGAGGCCUUUCUCUUAUGUUCACUUCAAGUCAGCAAGUAGUGGAACGAGAGAUUGAUCCUCCACCAUCGAUGCUUCUCCAUUACUCAGUCCAUUUGCUACGUCUACUACGUAUACAGCAGCAUACCCCCCAAAAGCCAAUCACAUUGCGCAGCAGCGGUC